AAUAUAAUGCUCGAUAGACGUAGAUGCGAAAUCAAGUCAUAUUUAAUCUUCGUUGGGAUAAAACUCAAGAAUUUCAUUUUAUUUAAUCACGAAGAUGUAUAAAAAGGCAAAUAAAGUGAUUAGCACUCCCAUCGAAAGUGAAUUCCCAAAUAGUUCAUUGUCGAUGUCGGAUAUAAAGCAUAGCUCGUCGGAUGGUGUAAAACAAAUAAAUACAAGUGGUAUUAAAAGAAUUGCAUCCGAUAGUAGUACUAAUAACAAAAAAAUCAAACGUAAACGAAGAGUUAGAAAAUUGUAUAAGAGAGCUGCGUAUUAUAAUAAAAAAGGAAGAAGAUUAAUCUUAUCGGAAACCUCUAAUAGCGAAUGGGAAACACAAUCUAUAGAUACAUAUACGGAUAAAAUAAAAUUAUUACAAACGAAAGAAAAGAAAAAUCAACAAGAAAUUCCAUACAAAUUAUACGAAACUCCGGAACGUAUACGUGAUGCGAAAUAUAACGAUCACAAUAAUUUCUUACUCUCACCGAGUUUAAUCUCUUUAAGAUCAAACGAUAAUUCUCCGAACAAAGAUAUCGUCGAUAAAGAAGAUGAUUUAGUGUUUUUGGAUGAAGAUAACAAAGAAAUUGAUCGUAUCUCUCCUAUUUUUGUGAGAUCAAAUCAGGUUAAGAAGUACCCAUCGGCGAGAGAAAAAACAUCGGCGAAAAAAUUAUUAGUAAAUAGAGAAAGUGGAAAUUGGCUCGUAGAUGUUCGAAUACCUACGAAUAGUGCCGAUUUAUUAUGGGAUAAAUACAUAUCAGAGCAUUCCGAUGAAUUCCCUCAACAUUUUCGAUCUAGUAACAUCUAUAAGACUGAUACAAAAAGGAUUGAUACAGAAAGUGAUACUGAUACAGAUGUUGGUGAUAUUUUAAAUAUACUUGAUGGAGAGAAAUUAAAGUUAUUGAAAACCAGAGAAUUGUCUAGAAUCAAGGGUAGUUUCAAUAAAAGAACGGGUUUGUUAACAACAAACAAUGAUAAGAUUGUUUAUAUAUCAGACAAUGAAAGUGAUUCGAAAUCCUGUAAAUCAAAAUGGCGGAGAGGAAAAUGGAUUAAGAAAAAAGAAAAAUUUAUGUUCAGUUCAAGCGAUAGUACGGAUUGUGAAAUACAGAAACAAAAUGGUAAUUUAAUGUCAUUUAACGAAUUUAAUGCGAAGCUUAAAGUGAAUAGACCUAAUCGUGAUUCGAAUCGUAAAAUGAAGAGAUAUCUUUCGUCUCGAAAUAAAAACCACGUAUGUACUUCUUUAGCUUCGUCGUCCACAAUGUCGAAAGACAACUCUAAAGUUAAAAUUAAAUCGAUGGUAUCUUUAAAGUCUGUACAUUACAAAAGACAAUCAAGUGGUAAUUAUCAUAUAACGACUAUAGAGUCUUCGUCGUCGUAA